AUGCGGGUCCGUGCGAGAUGGUCACGGGUGGCUGUCCUUGUUUGGUCCUUCGAGCCAAUCAGAGGCAGGAUUUGGCACUUGGUUCGUGGCCUCGUUCUUGCACCAUCCCCUCUCUUCUUUGAACAGCUCUCCUCUUUUUCCUUCAAUCUUCCAGUCAUGAGCGGACACGACAACGAAGAGCUUAUCGACUAUGAGGACGAGCACGACAUCCCCAACACUGGCGUACCGUCAAAUGGAGGUGUAGCGGCUGCUGGUGACGCGGAUGGCAAAGACAAGAAAAACUUUUCAGGCAUCCAUUCAACUGGUUUUCGAGAUUUCCUCUUGAAGCCCGAGUUGCUGCGCGCCAUCUCCGAUCUUGGUUUUGAGCACCCUUCAGAAGUCCAGCAAGAGUGUAUUCCUCAGGCUGUCCUGGGUAUGGAUGUGCUCUGCCAAGCGAAAUCUGGCCAUGGAAAGACUGCUGUCUUUGUCCUUGCCACUUUGCAACAGCUCGAGCCUGUCAAUGGCGAGGUAUCAGUUUUGGUACUUUGCCAUACUCGGGAAUUGGCGUUCCAGAUCAAAAACGAAUACACUCGCUUUGCCAAGUACAUGCCAGAUGUGCGAGUCAGCACAUUCUAUGGCGGUACUCCUGUCACGAAGGAUGCUGAAAUACUGCGCGACAAGACCAAAUGCCCGCAUAUCAUUGUUGCCACCCCUGGUCGCUUGAACGCCCUCACCAGAGACAAGGUCCUCGACGCAAAGAACGUGAAACAUUUCGUUUUGGACGAAUGUGAUAAAAUGCUGGAACAGCUCGACAUGCGCCGCGACGUGCAAGAAAUUUUCCGAGCGACACCUCACCACAAGCAAGUUAUGAUGUUCAGCGCGACUUUGGCGAAGGAUAUUAGAACCACAUGCAAGAAGUUCAUGGCAAACCCACUCGAAAUUUUUGUCGAUGACGAAACCAAGUUAACCCUCCAUGGCUUGCAACAGCACUAUGUCAAGCUCGAAGAAGCUGGAAAAAAUCGGAAGCUUAACGAGUUAUUGGAUUCCCUAGAAUUUAACCAAGUCGUCAUUUUCGUAAAGUCUGUUGCUCGUGCAAUCGAAUUGGAUAAACUUCUUGUUUCUUGCAAUUUCCCAAGCAUCAGCAUUCACUCGGGUCUUCAGCAAGAGGAACGUAUCAGUCGUUACACCGCUUUCAAGGCUUUCGAGAAGCGUAUCUUGGUCGCUACUGAUAUUUUCGGCCGUGGAAUCGAUGUCGAGCGCGUAAAUAUCGUUAUUAACUACGACUGCCCUCCUGAUGCAGACAGCUACCUGCAUCGUGUUGGGCGUGCUGGGCGUUUCGGGACCAAGGGUCUCGCAAUCACUUUCGUUUCGUCGGAGAGCGACCAGCAGGUCAUGGCGGCGAUUCAAUCUCGAUUCGAGGUUGCAGUUCCUGAGCUGCCUGACAAGGUCGACCCCGCCAGCUACAUGACGUCGUAA